CCAAGACUCCAGCUAAUAUCCCACGAUUCUUCUCUUUCUCACAUUGCAUUUGCAUGUUAUAUAAAUCCACCUCUAAACACUCAAAAUAGUUGCAAUGGCUACCUCAAGAUUGUUUCUAACUGCUGAACCUUUGCGUCAUGCAUUUUCUUCUUCUACUUGUUCAUCUUCUUCAUCAACGAAUGCUGUGAGGUGUAUGGGUAAGGCAGGAUUUAAUGGGGAGAAGAGAAUUUGUGGGAAUGCUGAUCAAAGGAGACCAACACUGCCCACAAAAACAUCUGUGGCUCCACUAGACAGUUUGUUGAUCACAACAAAGCCAGCUGAUUUUAUUGAUGCCUUGCUUAAGGUAUCAAGGCAAAUUUUGGAAAGAAGACCUUGGAAAUCAAUCCAGAUGCUCAUUGAAAGGGUUAUUAUUGAUUGUAGAUUUUUCACAUUAUUUGCUGUUGCGGGAUCCUUGCUCGGUUCAGUAUUGUGUUUUCUGGAGGGCUCCUUUCUUGUGCUGAAAUCAUAUUUCCAGUUUUUCAAUACGUUAUCUCCGAAGAAUGAUCAUGGACAUAUGGUUCAUCUAAUUAUUGAAGCCAUUGACCUUUUCUUGGUGGGAACUGCUAUGCUAAUUUUUGGAGUAGGAUUGUACGCCAUGUUUGUGGGGUCAAAGAAUAUUACAGAGAAAGAACAAUUGCUUUCUGGGUCCAAUUUAUUUGGGCUCUUCCAUAUGAAGAGACUUCCAAAAUGGGUAGAAAUGGAAUCAGUUUGGGAAGCUAAAUCAAAACUUGGGCACGCUGUAAUGAUAAUACUUCAAGUGGGAGUACUGGAAAAAUUCAACACUAUAACUCUUGUUACUAGUUUGGAUAUGGUUUGUUUUGCUGGAGCUCUACUAAUUUCCUCUGUCUGUACCUUCCUUCUCUCCAGACUUUCUGUCAGCAGAAAUUUGCCUUUCCACAUAUUGUCGUAGAAAAUACUUUAUGCUAGUACUCAAAAUGUGUACACAUACUUUUGUUGUCAUAGAAUUAGAGAUAAAUAAUGUGCAAGAAUUAUACACUUCAUGUUUA